AUGCCUUUUGUGAAAGAAUCUGGCGACGACGCGAAAGCCGUGUACAUCAAAGGGAUGAGUCAAACCGGGCUCCGCAACUAUAAAGGUCGACUCACUCUUCAGAGUUAUCAGUUGAUGGUCCUGAUGGACGUGACGCCUCUGGUGGAACUGAUUGCGCCGAUUCUUAGGCGCUUCAUCCUCGCGGACCAGGACUUCCUCCCGUGGCAACGUAAAACUUAUCAGGCAGCCAAAGAGCCCAAGUCCCACGUAGACAUCAAGGGAGAUCAUUUCUCGCCUUAUACGAUCUCAAAGUAA